AUGGUAUGUUUUUCCAAUCAUCCAGUGGUGCUGCAAGGCAAUACGCAGAUCAGUCAUCACCCCGCCAGCCCUUUCGCCCCAAUUACUCGCACCACACCCUGUGGCAGUCGUGCUUCCCCAUCCACUGCUUCUGUAGUCGCUGCGACGGCUUCAUCAUCGCGUAGCAAUAGCGACGUCACUGCUCCUGUUUGUCCCUGCGCUCAGUCCUAUCACAGACUCGCGGUCUCGCCACCGCCCGAACACCAGCGCCCAUUCUGCAACCCCUGUGCUAGUGUCGGUGUUGGUGCAAUCAAUAGCUCCGUUGCUCGUCAGUUGCCCGAUGAUGAGGAACCAGAUGGAGUUCAGUCAGCGUCAGGAGGUCCACAACCCUCGCGUCGUCGAAAAGACCUUGCGGCAACCUAUGAGGAGGCUUGGGACGUGAAAAUGUCACGUCGGCUAGGUGGUAUGGACGUGAGUCGACUGGCUGAGGCUCUGCCCAACGGUAACUUCAAGCGCUACGAUCUCAUUCGAGUCUCAGAUCGUCCUCUGCGCUCCCCUACCACCGCUGCUUCCGUGGUGCGCUCUCCUUCGCUCUCUCCAGUCCUCACUUCUACCGAGGGUAUCGUAAUGCGCCAUCCCCGGCCUACGCCUCGCGCCAGCUUCAGGAACUCUUCUACCGAUACCGUUAUCAAUCGCGAGAUGAUGCCUUCCCCCUUCCGGCUUAAGCAGAAUCGGGUUGCUAGUCCGACAGUGAAUUUGCCGAUCUCUUCAAGUGUCAAAGGGGGCCCUGCCUCUCCUUCUGCUUCGGAAGCACCUGUCACUGACUACGACUAUGCCUACAACCGCUCCUGGUCCAUGGGAGUCCAACUGAACCUAUCACUCAAUCUGGCCUCCAACACAGACAGCUCUGCAGAUCAGACGGUGGGAUCAAUGGUAGGCAAAGUGGACGGGAGUCCGGUGUCGCCUGUUUUGGGAGCCUCAUCACAACCACCACCACCUCCGCCCCAUCGAUCAGCGUCAAUAAUGACAUCGACCACGACGCAGUUUAGUCCACCACAGUCUCCUACGCCGAUGCGGCGUCAAUGUGUACUGCCUAACAUUGCUCCCAAUGUUGGUGUUGGCGUGUCUCCACCUAGUUCGCGCGCUCGUGGUGUGCACAAUCCUCUAGCCUCAGGGGUGCCGGCACCCCUCACACCCUCCUCGCCUCCUUCAGAGGAGUCCUCUUCCACGAUGCGAGGUGAUACCUCUGAUGCCGCCUCUGCCUCCACUGCCGCCACAGUUGCUGUACCCGGCCUACUGCCACAUAUGUCGCGUCUUCUUGCUGACUGGGACAAUAUGUCUACUGACAGCUGUGAGGAGCCAUGGGAUGUUCGACACGGCAAAGUCAUCUCUCAACUCACUAGCUCUCGUUUCAUCGACCCUUCGGAGGUACUGUCGGCAGUCGCGAAUGGAAACCACAAUGGGACAGCCACCAGCGUUGGUGGUGGAGGCAUCUCUAAUGGCCACUCGGAGGGUCGGAGCGCUGCGGGGCUGGUGGUGGAUGGGGAAGGUGCAGUGUCAAUAUCACCUUCCCCGAAUAUUUCCCCACUCAUCUCUUCUCCUUUGACCCUUGCCCGAAGUCCAUCCGAUAUCAAAACACAGAACUGCCUCAAACCUCUCAACGAGCAACCGUGGUUUCAUCCCAACCUCACGCGGUUUGGUGCAGAGAAGCGACUGCGAUCUGAGCCAGAGGGUAGUUUCCUAGUGCGCAACAGCGAAACUCUAAAGAAUGAGUACUCUCUUACGGUCAAACACAAUGGCUUCCUGCAUAUGAGGAUCACACGAGACGCACAGGGUCAAUUUGUACUAGGCGAGUACAGCCAACCCUAUCCUAGCAUUCCUCACAUGAUCUCCCAUUACGAGCAGACCCAAGUGCCAGUGAAGGGUGCAGACUCGGUCACUCUCUGUCACCCUCGUUGA